CUAGAGAUAGAGGGGUACUUCACUCUGUUGAGCCGUCCUUCCCUCUACCCUAUCCACAUCGUUUAUUGAAAAAACAAACAUAAUAUCAUAUAGUAUACAUUUACAAUUGAACAUCAUACUGAAGGGCUCUGUCCCUUCUAAUUUCACCUUCGGUGUAAUUGAGUGCCUUCACAAACGGACCCUUGAAAUGGACAAAGGAGACAAAAGUCUACUGGAAACGGUCGACUAAGAAACGAAAAAGCCUCCGCGGAAUUUAAAAAGUUUUCCGACCAAUCACAGCCCAGGGAAUUAUUUAGAUGUGUUCAUCGCUGGUUUUUCUAAAUCAAACUUCAUAUUCUGUGAUACGAUGAAAUUGAUAAUAGGAUUUAUGUUUUAUCUGCACUUGCACCGGCUUGCACCAGUACGAUUAUCAGUGAACUGUUAGAGUGCGGUGAGACGUUGGUGUAGCAAUGCAAAGAGGCGGAAAACUCUAUAACUGUUGAUAACUUCUCAUCAAUGAUAACGAUAUCACGUUAUCACGAUAUCAGCGUUCGCUGCGUCAUCGACUCUUUUCCUCAAGUUUUUCCUCAUUUCGCUCAAUAUUUUCACGGCCGUAGUCCAGAUCGAAUUGGGAGUAUCCAUCGCAUAUUCGUAUCAGCAGUCCGAACGUCCUAACGUCUGGAAUAUUAAUUUUCGUCCCGCCUCGUCCGGCAUCUGUUCAACGACGACGUCAAUUGAACAAACGAGAUAUUAACUUUAUACGAUUUUAAACUAUCCUUGAAAAAAUUAGGUUAAAUCACUCUCCCAUUGUCGUAUUUCAUUGAUGAUUCUCGUGCCGAUUGCUAAACACGUUCUUACAGUGUUUUUCUGUUCUACCGUUUUGUGUUGGCGUUAUUCAUUCUACGGGUGAUUCAUUCGUUGAUCGUUCACAUUUGUUUUAAUCAACUGAGCUUGAAUUCUGUUUGAUUGUUUGAUUGCUAUCGUCGAUCAAUCACAAUGAUUUCAGAAGGGACACAUUAUAUAAAAAGAAGAGUCAGAUCAGGAGCUGUAGAUGCUCAUCCUACGGAAACUGCUAUUGUGGUUAAUUAUGAACUUGACGCAUUUGUACUUGGUGAAAAUGGAGAACCUGUAAUAGGUGAUCAUAAGGAAUGUCAAAAAGUAAUACAUUUAAAAAGUUUGAACAGUAAUACAGAUUGUAGAGCAUUAGCAAAAGAAGUAAUACAUAAAUGUAAUCUUAUACAUGAAACCAAAUUAUAUGAUGUAGAACAUUUAAUUUAUUAUUUACAAACCCGUUCUAUUGCAAAUAACAAAACUAAAGAAGACAAAACUCAAUUAGGAUUGGAAACUAGUCCAUCUAGUAUAUAUCAUAUUUGUGGUUUAAUGCCUGAUGAUAAAGCCAGUUUGGCUAAAAUUGAUGAAUACAUUGAAAUGUUAUAUGAUGAUAUGCCAAAAAAAGUACGUGGUUCUGGAUUUAUACUUAAAGUAACCUGCGAUAAAGAUAAUCUAGAAGAGCUAUCAUCUUCAGAGCCUACCAUGAGUGCGUUAGCAAGAGUUCUCAGAGAAGAGUAUCGCAAAAGUUUUGAAUUGAGCUCAAAUAUAAUAAAUAUAUUUCUUUGUUUUUCUGCUUACAAAAUAUUUCAUAAGAUGCUAAUUGACCAUAAAAUUUGCUUGCUCUGUGUAGAAGUUCUUGAAUAUGAAUUAAAUCGUUACGAUAAGCUUAAAAGUCAAAUAGUAUCUGCUCCUCGUGAAUCAAAAACACCAAAAAUACCAACACCUUCAAAAUUACCUGUACCUAGAAGUGCUCCUAUAACAUCAAAAAUAGUUCGUAGUCAAAUACCUGUAAGUGCUAGUACCAAUAGUGACAGCCGCAGACAUUCUGCAUCAAUUGAAAAUAUGAAACAAACUGUAAAAGAUAAAACUCCUAGGAGUUUGGAUACAAAUAAUAUAAAAUCAUUAUUAUCAGCUAGAAGUCCUGAUGAAUUAGCAUUACAUCAACUCAGAAGGAAUUUAUUUAAAUUAGGAAAAAACCAAGAUCAAGCAUUAAAAGGUGCAGUUGAACUUAUUUAUAACAUAACAAUUGAUAAGACUAUGGAAGAAAAAGUUGUCCGAAAAGGCAUUAUAAAAUUGCUAUGUCUUUUAUUAGAUAGAACAAGUACUGAUUUACUUUUAAUAAGUAUAAAAUUAUUAAUUCAACUGUCGGUGUAUAAAGAACAUGUAGAUAAAAUGAAAAAAUAUGCUGUCAUUGAAAAACUACCUAAAAUGUUUAUGAUGAAGAAUCCUAAUUUGGAAAACUAUACUAUAAAAUUGUUGUACAAUUUAUCAUUUGAUAUAACACUUAGUGAUGAAAUUUUAAAAGUUGGAUUGUUACCAAAGAUAACGGAAUUAAUUGGCUCAGAAGAAAAUAGUGAAUUGGUUUGCAGACUAUGUUAUCAUUGUAGCAUGGAUGAUCGAUCUCGAGCAUUGUUUUCACAUACCAAUUGUUUAACAAAGAUUGCAGACUUAUUAUUAGCAUCUAAUCAAUACAAUUUAAUUUUGGCUGCAUUAUGUACAAAUUUGACUUUAAACGAACGAAAUUCACAACUUCUAAUUGCUAAUCGUGGCUUAAAACCUUUUGUGCAAUUAGCCAUCGAUACUUCAGAUUUAAUGUAUUUUAAAAUACUUCACAAUAUGUCUAGUCAUGAGUCUUUAAAACCUAAAUUUGUGGAACUUAUUGGACAUUUUGCUCAUUUAGUUACAAUAAUAAAAGAUAUUGAAUGUAUUAUCGAAUGCGUUGGAAUUAUUGCUAAUGUAAAUAUUCCAGAAGUUGAUUUUAAAGAACUUUUAGAAUCUAAUAAUUUAAUAUCUUGGAUGGUUCAAUUUGUAAAUAAUGCAUGUAAACCCAAUCAAAACGUAACAGAUGCAAGACUAUUAAUAGAAGUUAUAAAACUCUUGGGAACUGUAUCAAAAGAUGAAAAUUGUGGUGAAUUACUUUAUGAACAUGGAACAAUACAACAAGUGAUUAAUUUGUUAAAAAGUCAAAGAGGUGAUGAUGAAUUAGCAAUACAAAUUAUGUACUUACUGUAUCAACUUAUGUGUCAUCCAAUAACAGGGGAUUAUAUAAUACAAAAUACAGGAAUUUGAUGAAACAUGGACUAAAAAAAUAAGAGUAGCCAAAUUUUGCUGGUUUAAUGCCUAUUGGUUAAAUAUGAUGAAAGAUGAAUGUAAU